CUUAAGGUGGUGCGAGGACUGGCUGAGGCCGAAGGGGUGCUCGCUCGUUUUGACCCGCUGGAUUUGGAUUCCCUGCCCGAGUCGGUGCGGGAAAGGACGAGGCAGGCCUUUGGCGAUGACGUAACGCCUGAACAGUCAAUAAUAACGAUGCUGCGCGAGGUUCGGAGUGAAGGCGACGCCGCUAUUCGUCGCUACACCAAGCUGCUGGAUGGCGUCGAUUUGCCAGAGUUCAAGAUUAGCGAGGCCGAGCUGGCCGAAGCCCGCAGCAGCAUAUCUACAGAGCUGGAAUCAGCCCUGUUGUUGGCUGCCAAAAGGAUCACCGACUUUCAUCAGGCGACGUUGCCCAGGAACUGGGUGGACCUGGAGCAGGGCUUGGGGGAAAUGGUUCGCCCCUUGGAACGGGUGGGCCUUUAUGCUCCUGGCGGAACUGCCGCCUAUCCAUCAACCGUCCUGAUGACAGCCAUUCCCGCGCGCGUCGCCGGAGUCAAGGAAGUAAUCCUGACCACGCCCAGGCGAGGCGCGGAACCGUUGAAUCCCGCGGUAAUGGCGGCCGCUCACAUCGCAGGAGUGGAUGCCGUCUACCAGAUUGGUGGAGUUCCCGCCAUCGCAGCCAUGGCCUACGGUACCGAGUCCAUAGCAAAGGUGGACAAAAUUUGCGGUCCAGGCAAUAUCUUCGUUGCUUACGCCAAGAAACUGGUCCAGGGCCAGGUGGACAUUGACGGUAUCUUUGGCCCAACCGAGACCAUUGUCAUUGCUGAUGACACGGCGCAGGCCAGCUUUUGUGCCGCCGACAUGAUCGCCCAGGCCGAACACGAUCCCCUUUCCACAGCUAUCCUGGUAACCGAUUCCAGCGAUUUGAUUGAUCAGGUGGAGCUGGAGUUGGAGCUUCGGCUGUCAACUCUUGAGCGAGGCGAUAUGGCCCGGGAUGCUCUGGAGCGGCAGGGUCGCAUUGUCCUUGUGGAAGACCUGGAUGAAGCGGUUGAACUGGCCAAUCGCAUCGCUCCUGAGCACCUGUGCAUGAUGGUUGCCGACCCCUGGACCUGGGCGGGGAAGGUGAAGAAUGCCGGUGGGCUGUUCCUGGGAGAGUAUUCUCCGGAAGUCAUGGGCGAUUACAUAGCGGGCCCCAGCCAUGUGAUGCCUACGGGCGGCACGGCACGUUUCAACUCGGCCCUCAGUGUGCAUCAUUUCAUGCGCACCAUGCCAGUUGUCGGCCUGACUCCCCAGACUUUUAGGAAUUUGGGCGAAGCGGCAGUGCAGAUAGCCCACGUGGAAGGCCUCACCGGCCAUUCCGGUGCCAUUGAAGUGCGGCUGGAGAGUCUGAAAGCCCGUGCCUAG